AUGGUGCAAAAACAAGCGCUGACUGGAGGCUUGAGGGAGGGGCCCUGGGGAUGCAGCCUGUUUUAUUGGGCAGGAGCUUUGCACCGCUCCAGGGUGAAACUGGGCUAUGCACUGCUGAGAUACCCUCCAACCACCAAACCACCAGGCCUCCCUCCCAAAGACGACAGUGGAGGAAAAGACAAAGGCAUUAAUUUCACUCUGCAGAAAACGCAUCUUAUUGGCGCAAUGGUGAAGGUGUGGGUGAACUCG